AUGGCGAUCAAAAGCGGGAAGCUAGACGGGGGAGAAUCUAGCCGAAAGCCUCCAGCGAGAAGAAAAGAUAAUGAGGUCAGUAAUGUGAAGAAAUAUGAUUCUAAUAACAUUACAGUAUCUCGACCACCAGCCACUACGUCGUCAGCAUUAAAUCCUGUCCAGCAAGGAGUGAAAGAACCAAGACAGGAAAGGGAAAGGGUUCAAUUUGACCCUAUCCCCAUGACCUAUAAAGAAUUAUUCCAGAUCCUUGAGCAGCCUAAUGUGGCUCAGAACCCACUGUCGAACCAUGCAGGAACAGGGGUUAAUGUUGUUAUUGAAGGAAAAGGGAAUGAAGUCAUAACCAAAGUCAAUGAAGUGAAGUCACCCAUGCAUUGGGUAUGGGGGCAAAUGGUCAAAGUAGGCUGGUUGACCUUUAAUGCUAACGAGAAUAAGCAUGCUUGCACCUAUCACCGUUGCGAGGAUCAUGUCAUUCAAAACUGUGACGAGUUCAAGGCCUUGGUUCAAAGGCUGAUGGAUAGUAAAGACAUGGAAUUUUACCAUGAGGCUACGAAAAAGAAAGAGAUUGAGAUUUGUGCUUCCGAAGACGCAUCCAAGGGAGUUUACAAUACUAACUACCCUUUAGUCAUCACACCGAAAGCUCAUAUUAUAGAAAGGUUAAUCCCAAAAGUGAUGAUCAUGCCUCCGUCGUCCUUUCCUUAUAAAGACAACAAGCAGGUCCCUUGGAGGUAUGAAUGCCAAAUAGAGAAUGUUGAGAGUUCAGAAGCUGCUAAGAAAGAGGUGGAUAAGGUAGGCCACUUUACCAGAAGUGGGAGAUGUUAUUCUCCUAACCAAACCAGUGAACCUGAGAAAAGAGCGGCCCCUGAUAAAGGAAAAAUGGUCGAGAUAAUGAUGAAAGAUGAUGAGUCAACAAUUAAUGAGACGGUAACAGAGAAUGAGGCUGUAGAGUUUUUAAAAUUUUUGAAGCAUAGCGAGUACAGCAUCGUCGAGCAACUACACAAGUUGCCAGCUCACAUCUCAAUCAUGUCUCUACUAUUAAGCUCUGAGGCACAUCGAAAUGCAUUGUUGAAAGUUUUGAACCAGACUUUCGUACCAAAAGAUGUGUUAGUGGAAAAGAUAGAUCGACUGGUUGCAAAUAUUCAGGCGGAUAAUUUUAUCUCUUUCUCUGAUGAUGAGAUCCCGUCCGGAAUGAUGGGCAAUCCUAAAGCCCUGCACAUUACCAUCAGGUGCAAGGGACAUGUGUUAUCGCGAGUACUAAUCGAAAAUGGCUCUACCCUGAAUGUGAUACCAAUAGUGACCUUGAAGAAAUUGUCGGUUGAUAGUACACACAUAAGAAAUUGCCAAAGCAUUGUUCGAGCUUUUGAUGGAACAAAGAAUGAGGUACUGGGGAAGAUCGAUAUUCCUUUAACCAUAUGCCCAUCAACCUACGAGGUUGAAUUCCUUGUAAUGGAUAUAAUGCCUUCCUAUAACUGCUUGGUAGGAAGACCUUGGAUCCAUCAGGCAGGAGUUGUGCCAUCCACUUUGCAUCAAAAACUCAAAUUUGUAAUUAAGGGGAGACUGGUAUGCCUUAAUGCUGAGGAAGAUAUCAUUGCUUCCAUAUCUACUAUCGCUCCAUAUGUCGAAAUAGAUGAAGAUACGGUCGAGUGCUCUUUCAGAGCCAUGGAAUUCAUUAAUGCCACCUUUGUUGCCGAAAGAAAGAAAAUUCCGAAGCCUAGGCUAUCUAAUUGA